AUUAUUAUAUACACCGCCUAAUGUGGUUUGAUCUCUUCCUGGGGUACCCUCGGUCUGUCUUUGAAGGAGAGUAAGUGCAGUUGGCAAUACCGACUUGUCUUUGCCUCAACAUGAAGAAAACAUUCCAGUUCGUGGAUGGGAGCGGGGCCAAGGUCGACAAAGUCACUCGAAAGUCAAUCCGUAGCCAUGUCAUGAAGGAUAGAAAUGCUGGAAAGACAGUACAUCGUCGUUCAAGACUUGAGUUGCCUACUCCAUGUGACGAUUCAAGGAAGGAGGCAAGGAAAUCCAACGAGGAAGAUUCAGGGCCGGUCGCAAGGAAUCUUGGAAAUGUAUUGCGCACUUUCCCAUUUCCGGUGGAGCUAAGUGAAAGCUCACUGAAAAGUAUUGAUCAGUUUUUCAUCUUCAUAACAGAGAAGAUGUACCCUUCUCAGCUUGGGCUUUCAUCUGAUGGGUACAAACAUGACUGGCUUGUAACAACGUUCAUUGAUGCGGAUGCAGCAUACUGCAGUCUCGCACUGAUGGCAUCAACCAAUGCAUUCUUCAGUAGCGGAGGCAUUAGCUCAUCGAAAGCAUUGUCCUAUCUUUCUAACACCUUUUCACUUGUGCAGCGAAGGAUGCAAGGCGAAGAAGCUCUCUCGGAUUCCACGCUUUGUAUGGUGAUGAUGCUUAUCCUUCAAGAGCAAAUUCGGCAUGAGAAGGCUUCGCGUAUUCAUUACGAAGGAUUGAGGAAAUUGAUCGAACUCCGUGGUGGACUCUCUCGCCUCAAGAGCUGCUCUACACUUUUGUUGAAAAUGUCUAAAAUGGAUAUACUCUACGCACUCCGAUACGGAGAGCCAGUAUUAUUUUAUCGAGACCGCAUGUCUGAGAUUCGAAGUAUGCUUCCAUCAAUAGAAAUCAACUAUUCUCCUGGUGCAACCUCUGGACAGCAUCAAUACGACGGAAUCAACACCGAUCUUCGAGACAUACUCGUUGAUGUCAUGAGUAUCGCUGCUCUAUUUAAUAGCCCUCCUUCCCGCCGGAACUUAGAUAUCAAGACCUUUUUAGAGAUAGUGAUAUCUAUAUGUUGCCGCCUGAUUCGAUUUCGACCAUUACAAAGUCCGAAACCUGAAUGCAGGAGGGAAGCAGCAUAUCAUAUCGGUUUAAUAACAUUCAUGACAACAUUAUUCCUGCAGUGGGAUAACCGCCGAAUCCAAGGAUACCAUUUAAUCUCUCGGCGGCUAAGGGAGGUUCUUGACGAAGAAUUCGAUGCUCGCGAUGAUGACAAUUUGCUUCUGUGGCUUUUGUUUGUUGCAAGUCUCUGGUUCAAGACCACGAGUGUUAGUUACUGGCUCGUUUUGAGGAUCAGAAGAUUGGCUGUGCGGUUUCAAAUUGAUAGCUGGUCAAGAGUUUGUGACUCCAUUUGCCAGUUCCCAUGGAUAAAUAUCCUUCACGAUCAAACAGGUCGCGCGGUAUGGGAUCUCGUGUACCAGGGACCACCAGACGGACAUUGA